AGCAGGACAUCCGGUCAGUCAAAUGCGUUUUCUAUUAAAAUUGUCUCGUUCGGGAUGCUGUAGUCAACAAGGAAAUAUAACUUCGGCAGUGAGUGCGGAAGACUGUAGCUCGAUUGUAGAUAGACGCAGCGUGUCUACAAUGUUUUAUUCUUGAAAGUUUCGAAAGGAAAUGCUGUUGCCCAUCGUUUUGAAUAUAUAUCAACACGUGGAGAAGUAAGAUAGGCUCCUCUGUAGGCUACCUUGCCAGCUAGGCUGUUCUAGAAUCUUUGGUCUCAAGUCUCCAAAGUUUAGCAGGCAGCACACAGGGCUUAGCCUACAACGAAUUUAAAUAACACAAAACCCGUGGCGAAAUUAAACACAUUAUCUGCUACUGAAGUGUGUUCUGUCUUAGGGUAUUUAGGAGGCUGGUAUUGUGUAUUAGGCUACUGCACAUUCAAUGAUAUUGGGGGGGAAACAUGGCAUUCCCAACAGCGACACAGAAACUCUCGGGUCUGGCCCAGAUCACCGAGAAUCUUUACCUUGGAAGUGCCAGGGCAGCCCAUGACAAAGCAGUUGUGUCCAGCCUCCACGUCACCUGCAUCAUCAACGCCACCGAGAAUGUUGAGAACGACGUCGCAUCAACUGUUGAACUCGUUCGUGUAUCAGUUUUGGACUCACCGUCGGCCCCUAUUAUCGACCAUUUCGAUGUCAUUGCGGAUAAAAUCCAUCUUGUUGAGGAGCAGAGUGGUCGGACGCUGGUACAUUGCAACGCCGGUGUGAGUCGGUCUUCAACGCUUUGUCUGGCAUACUUGAUGAAGUACAGAGACAUGUCGCUGGUCGAGGCCCACCGUUGGGUCAAAGCCCGCAGGCCGCUAAUCAGACCCAACAGCGGUUUCUGGAAACAGCUAAUCGAGUAUGAACGCAGGCUCCGCGGAAUCAUCACUGUCACUAUGAUAAUGUCAUCUGUUGGCGAAGUACCUGACCUGUACGAGAAAGAGGUUAAAGAUAUGGUAGCCCUGAGAAAUCUCUUGACUUUUUAGACAUAAUUCACGGUUUGCACUAUCUGAAGUUUUAAAAAAACUUUUACAAAGUGUUAAAGAUUUUGUGGAAUUUAUUUUAGGCCUAGCCUACUCUUUAUUUUUUUUACAUUGUGUGCGUUAUGUGUCAUUUUAUAAAUAAACAACAUGCUCAUUUUUUUUUUUU